ACAACUCUUUUUUUUAUCAAUGGCGGUUGAAGCUCCGCAUAUGAACCCUUUCCCUCCUCAGUUAAUCACCAACAGCAGAGGUUUUCUGAAAACAAAUCAAGGGAGUGGCAAUAUAUGCGAUACCCAGAUGGAUGCUUGUGUUCCUUUGGUUGGUUCGAUGCAACAAGAUUCACAGCUUUUCCCAUUGUAUCAGCCCUUUGUUUGUGAUCCGAUUUCAGCCAAAACUUCAAUCAACAAAGCUGACAGAGGCCUUACAUAUAACAUGAAUAUCCCAGUCUCAGUACCAAGAAAAAGGCCCAGAGAUUCAUUCCUCAAUGGCCUUGAUUCAUAUCCCGUCUGUCAAAAGACUAAACUUUCUGGAUUUUCCUCUGUUAUGAACGAUGAUGUUCUCUCCCAGAUCCAACUGCAACAACAAGAAAUCGAGCGUUUCAUUGUUGAACACACUGAAAAAGUGAGGUUUGAACUUGAAGAAAGAAGAAAAAACCAAUGGAGAAUGUUGAUUACAGCCAUCCAAGAAGGGGUAAUGAAGAAACUGAUGGAGAAAGAAGAAGAGAUGCAAAGAAUGGGGAAACUAAACUGGAUUCUUCAAGAAAGGGUUAAAAGCCUGUACGUGGAGAACCAACUGUGGAGAGACCUGGCACAAACAAACGAAGCCACUGCCAAGUCCCUGCGCACCAAUUUAGAACAAGUUCUGGUGCACGUCAGCGAGGAACGCCACGUGAGCGGUGGAGCAGCUGCUGCGUUGGCCGACGAUGCGGAGUCUAGCUGUGGAAGCAGCGAUGAAGGGUGGCGCAAGGUGGUACCACCGCAACCACAUGUGAGUGGUGGUGGUGGUGCGGCAGUGGGGAACAAUAAUAUGAAGUGUAGGAAGUGCGGGGAGAUGGAGUCAAGUGUGCAGGUGCUGUUGCUGCCAUGCAGGCAUCUUUGUCUCUGUACAGCUUGUGGGUCCACUCCGGUAGGCACUUGCCCUGUUUGUGAUUCUAUUACCAAUGCCAGUGUUCAUGUUAACCUGUCAUGAAACAUUUUUUUUCCUUCUUUGUUAGAUUUAGUGAAA